AACCCUCUGCCCACCCCCUCAUACUCUCAGCCCUUAGCGUCUCAUACACAGAUAACCCCCUACCUCCCGCCCAGGAAGGGGAGGUAAGAGUUCCUGUCCCAAGGUGUCCCCCUAGGCAACCCCACUUGCUGAGUAGGCGGCGCUCAGAGCCACAGGCCUCUGGGAGCUCAGCCUGGGGCUGCCUGGCGGGACUCUGCUUCCUAGGCAACACGGUACACAAACGCUGGCCCUAGAGGCACUCCUGCGAUGUGCUUCAACAAAGCAGAGCCGCUGGUUAACUACUCCUUUGGAACACGUCAGCAGAGGAAGCUCUUUCCUCACUUCCAUCCCCCAAGCUUGCUGGGGAACAAGUUUCUCCCUCUCAGCGGAGUGCCCCACCGUGGGCCUGGAUAUUACAUACCAGAAGAUAAGUACGGUUUGGCAUACAACCUGUCUAAAAUCCCGACCAGUCGAAAAGGAUAUGCUUUUGGAGCCAGAACAGCCAUGAGGUUUAAGCCAAUCAGUAAGGAUACAACACCUUACCCAGGCAUGUACCAGACAGUCAAUCCUUGGGGACAAAAAGACAAACGAAAUUUUGCUCCAUUUAAUGCCUUGUCACCUCGAUUUAGGACAUACUCAAAGGACCCUUGUUAUCCUGGACCUACCACAUACAACCCAGAGAUAAAGCCACCUCGGAAAGUCACCUGGCCAAUGAGAUUUGGAUCUCCAGACUGGGCUCAGAUUCCAUGUCUACAGAAACGAACCCUGAAAGCUGAGCUGUCCACAGACAAAGACUUUAGGAAGCAUCGGAGCCGUGUGGCCUACCUAAGCCUGUAUUACAACUGAAAAGUUGUGACCACCUUCAUUUGUUCCUCUUGACCAUGGAGUCUCCAAGAUUGAGGGCAGAAUUUGAAUUUCAUCAAAUGCUUUUUCUGCAUCUAUUGAAAUGAUCAUGUGAUUUUUGUCCUUUCUUUUGUUGAUGCGGUGUAUCACAUUGAUUGAUUUGCAUAUGUUGCAA